AUGAAAAAUAAUAAAACUAAAAUACCACCAUCAAAUAGACCAAAACAGGGAUUCAACAACAAACUACCUCAAGAAAGUGUUAGUAAUACUAAAAGAGAAAAAUCUCUUUGGGCUUUAGACAGGGAUGAUUUGAUUUGCUCACUUACAAUGGUAGCAUCAAUAUUUUGUGUUUGGUGCUCGGCAGCUUAUUAUGGCAGCUUAAAUUCCAUACUUUGCUAUUGGGAUGGACCAAAUUAUUUAUAUGCUGGCGAAACCCUAUAUAAAAUUCCAAAAGACAAUCCAUGGACGUUACAAUUUCAAUACCCUCCAUCAUAUUUUGCAUGCCAUUUACCAGGAUAUCCAUUAUUUAUCAGAAUAUUUUCAACAAUUUUCUUCGGCAAUUAUAUUUUAGGAUUUUAUUUUUCGAUUAUCGCCGAAUCUUUACUUUUUAUUUACACUUUUCGCAGAUUGCUGAUAGUUUAUCAAUGCGUUGAAAAUCCUUUAUUUAGUACUAUUGCUACUUGCUUUUUACCUGUCAGAUUUUUGAUAUAUCAUAGUGUUGGUGCAUCAGAACCAUUAUAUCUCACAUCAAUCUCAUUAUCUUUCAUUUUUUACAAACAAAAUAGAUUUUGGCUAAUGAUGUUAUCAGUAUGGCUUGGAUGCUUUACAAGAAUUGAAGGAAUGGCCGUUGGAUUUGCCAUUGGCCUCUGUUACCUCGUAUCUUUGAGAAUUUUCCGAGCAUUCGGAAUGUUUUUGACUUUUGUGUCAACAAUUAUUCUCUUGGGUUUCCAUCAAUACCGUUUUCAUAAUCCCUUUGCUUAUAUCGAUUUUAAUUCAGGAAGCCAGAAACUUAUUAAAUGGCCGCCAUUAAACGACGCAUACUAUGUACAACCCGAAGUUUUCUAUAGUUACGGUGCAUUGGGAUCAUUUUUCAUCUUUUUAAUGGGCUCAUUAUUAAUAUUUGAAAAAUGUCCUCCACUUGCCACAUAUUGUGUUGUUCAUAUGAUAUAUGUAUCGUUGCUAUUCCAUAUUGAUGUUUUUAGAUAUCAAAUCCCUGCUUCUGUUUUUGCUGUCGCCAUUGGUUAUGAAAAAUUAUUCAGACCGAAAAUUUACAAGAUUAUUAUGUUAAUUUUACUUCCUUUCUAUAUGUUUGUUACUUUAUCCUAUGCCGGCCAACAAAUUAAUUCAAAUAUGGCUUGGCCACAAUUUAUGGAACAGAUAUACGCGUCAAUUGAAAAUGUUAAGAGUGGAAAGGCUGAGUUUUGA